CUCUAUGGUUUUAAUGGUUGGAGGAUCAACGGGAACUGGCUUGUUCUCUCUUUAACUCUAUGGUUUUAACGGCUGGAGGACCGAGCAGAGAGCUGGGUGUCCCAGGACAGACCGUACAUUGCCAGAAUGUAUGAGGAAGACGGAGCACUUCUCCCUGCCUCUUCUGCCCCGCAGCCCUUCACUGUGGGCCCAGAUUUAAUGGCCCCUCACCCACUACUAGACAUUUCACUAACACCUGACAAAGGAGGAGGAAUCCUGCGGAGGGGAAGCUCCCAUCGCAGACACAGCAGGAGGCAGGUGCGCUUUGAUGUCAGCGAUCAAUUCAAAAACAGGACAAAUGUCCAGAUAGCUGAGAGGCCAUCUCUGGGGCCCCUGGAGUUACCCAGAAUGCAUAGCACAGAAGCCCUGAAGCAGGAGGUAGAGAGAGAAUCUGAACAGGAGUUUGAUGCCGAGAGCGCGUUGCGCAAUCAGCUGGGCCGGUCAUUCAAAGCAAGGCGCAGUGUGGACAGCGAGGCGGCCAAAGCUCUCAAUGUGUGUCGCGUGCAGAAUCUUUAUCAAGGCCUGGUCAGUGUAGAGCCUCCUGCAGAACAAAUACAAAGACUGACUGAGAAGCCAAGGAAAGCAGAGCUUAAAAAUGUCACUCCUAUGGAAGGCCCUGAUCUGUUUGCCUUCUACAAGCCCAGUGACUGUCACACAGAAACUCCUUACCUCAAUGUGGAUGGACUACCUGCGCUCACUGCUCUCCCCCGUUCCAGGCCUCCACGGUGCUCUUUUGAUAUGGUUUACAAGCUGGGAGAAUGGGCAUCCUAGCUGCUAUCACUGGAUCACAGAGCUAGCACUCAUAGCGACAUUGUAACCUUACUCUAGACUUUUCAAUUAAAGAUUAUUUAACCUGCAUCAUAGCGUGUACAUUGCACGGCAUCGUGUACAUUAACAUGGAUUGCUAUAGCUGGGCAGUAUCGUGUAACGUGUACAAUGUGAUAGAAUGCUAUAGCUGGGCAGUAACGUGUACAAUGUCAUGGGAUGCUAUAGCUGGGCGGUAACGUGUACAAUGUCAUGGGAUGCUAUAGCUGGGCAGUAACGUGUACAAUGUCAUGGGAUGCUAUAGCUGGGCGGUAACG